AUGUCCUACAACGCCAACAGCUCGGCGCAACGGCGCAACAACCCCUUCUCUCGAACCACAUCGCCCGCCUCCACUCCGAACCGAUCUCAGUCCAAUAACUCGUUUAGCUCGGCGGCUCUUGCGCUUGGGAGCGCCUCGCGGCACUUCCGAAACGGCUCUAGAAAUGGAACGCCCACCUCGAGUACUUUCGCUCCGUCAUUCAUCAAAAUGGAAGCGAUGGCGCGAAGCGACGACGCCGUCGACGGCAUCGAGGGAGAAAACGACUUCUCAGGGAAGCGCUACGUGUGGCUUAAGGACCCGCAGUCCGCCUUCGUCAAGGGCUGGGUAGUCGAUGAAUUGGAAGACAACCGCAUCCGAGUUCAAACAGAUGACGGCACACAGCUCGAGGUUGACGCCGAAAGUGUGGAUAAAGUGAACCCGGCCAAGUUCGAUAAGGCAAACGAUAUGGCCGAGUUGACUCAUCUGAACGAGGCGUCGGUUGUCCACAAUCUCCACAUGAGAUAUCAGGCCGAUCUGAUAUACACCUACUCCGGCCUCUUCCUCGUCACCGUCAACCCUUACUGCCCUCUGCCCAUAUACAGCAAUGAGUACAUCAACAUGUACAGAGGACGGAGCAGAGAAGAUACCAAACCGCACAUCUUUGCCGUGGCAGACGAGGCUUUUCGAAACCUGGUCGAGGAGGGGCAGAAUCAGAGCAUUCUGGUGACCGGAGAGUCGGGCGCCGGAAAGACAGAAAACACCAAAAAGGUCAUCCAGUAUCUAGCCGCCGUCGCCCUAUCGGAGACGGCGGCAAGGGGAAAGUCGCAGCACUCAAACCUGUCCCAGCAGAUUCUCCGAGCCAACCCCAUUCUCGAAGCCUUUGGGAAUGCACAAACUGUGCGGAACAACAACUCUUCGCGGUUUGGAAAGUUCAUUCGCAUCGAGUUCAACCGCAACGGUGCCAUCACUGGUGCUUUCAUCGAUUGGUAUCUCCUGGAGAAGUCGAGGGUUGUUCUCAUCAACCCCCAUGAGCGAAACUACCACGUCUUCUACCAGCUUCUGAAAGGAGCCGAUAACCGGUUCAAAGGCAAACUCCUGCUUGAUGGGCUCGGCGUUGAAGAUUUCACCUACACUCGAGGUGGCCACGACAGCAUCGCCGGAGUAUCGGACAAGGACGAAUGGGACUCGCUCCUGGAGGCUUUCGGUGUCAUGGGCUUUGCAGACGACGAACAGCUCUCGAUUCUCCGAACCAUAGCGGCUGUGCUGCACCUCGGGAACAUCGAUGUCGUAAAGGAGAGCCGGGCCGCCGACCAGGCACGACUAGCACCCAACGCAAAGGAAGAGGCCGCCAAAGUCAAGGCAGGGCGCGAAUGGGUGGAAAAGGUCCAAACUCCAGAUCAGGUGCGGCUUAGCCUCGAUGCCUUGUCCAAGGGCAUCUACGAACGUGGCUUUGGCGAUCUCGUCUCCCGAAUCAACCGGCAACUUGACAGCGCGGGGAUGGGUAUGGACGAUUCGCACUUCAUUGGCGUUCUCGACAUUGCCGGCUUCGAGAUUUUCGAGCAAAACAGCUUCGAACAGCUCUGCAUCAACUACACAAACGAAAAGUUGCAGCAGUUCUUCAACCACCACAUGUUUGUCCUUGAGCAGGAAGAGUACGCCCGGGAGCAAAUUGAGUGGCAAUUCAUCGACUUUGGCCGAGAUCUGCAGCCAACCAUUGACCUCAUCGAGCUUUCCAACCCCAUCGGCGUCUUCUCGUGCCUUGAUGAGGAUUGCGUCAUGCCCAAAGCGACAGAUACUUCAUUCACGGAUAAGCUGAACUCGCUGUGGGACAAGAAAUCGGCAAAAUACCGCCCUUCGCGCCUUGGACAGGGGUUUAUCCUGACGCACUAUGCGGCCGAAGUCGAGUACUCUACCGAAGGGUGGCUGGAGAAGAACAAGGACCCGAUGAAUGAUAAUAUCACCCGCCUGCUUGCCUCGUCCACCGACAAGCAUGUUGCCGCCCUCUUCGCCGACUGUGCCGCCACAGACGAGGAGUUGAACGGCGGUAGAAGCCGCGUCAAGAAGGGCCUCUUCCGCACGGUUGCCCAACGACACAAGGAGCAACUGCACAGCCUGAUGUCCCAGCUGCAUUCGACUCAUCCCCAUUUCGUGCGAUGCAUCUUGCCAAACCACAAGAAGCGGCCGAAGCAAUUCAACAAUCUCCUGGUCCUGGACCAACUCCGCUGCAAUGGUGUCCUGGAAGGCAUCCGCAUCGCUCGCACCGGCUUCCCAAACAGACUCCCGUUCGCAGAGUUCCGCCAGCGGUACGAGGUGCUUUGCUCGAAUAUGCCCAAGGGAUACUUGGAGGGCCAGGCAGCGGCGUCGUUGAUGCUGGAGAAGCUGGGCCUCGACAAGGCACUCUUCCGCGUUGGUCUAUCCAAAGUCUUCUUCAGGGCCGGUGUUCUUGCAGAGCUGGAAGAGAAGCGCGACGCCCUCAUCACCGAGAUAAUGGCGCGCUUUCAAUCGGUGGCCAGGGGCUUCACUCAAAGGCGUCUGGCCUACAAAAAGCUCUUUCGAACCGAAGCCACUCGGAUCAUUCAGCGCAACUUUCUUGUCUAUCAUGAUCUCGUCCAGAACCCAUGGUGGCAGCUCAUCGUCAAGAUGAAGCCUCUGCUUGGCGCCACCCGGACGGCCACAGAGGUUAAGCGACGCGACGCAAUGAUCAAGCAACUCAACGACCAGAUGAGACACGAAACGGAGAAUCGACACAAGCUGGAAGAAGAGCGCCGAAACUGCCAUUCCGAGAUGGUGCGCAUCCAGCAGACCCUCGAGAGCGAGCGUGCGCUGGCGUUGGACAAGGAGGAGAUCUUCAAGAGGCUUCAGAACCGUGAAGCCGAGCUGGAAGAGAAACUCGCAGGCGCCCUCGAAGAUCAGGAGAGAUUGGAAGAUCAGCUCGACGACUUCAUGGAAGCCAAAAACCGUGCAGAGCGAGAAGUGGAAAAGUAUCGCUCCCAGCUCGAACAAGCCGCAACCCUGAUCGCGAAGCUGGAAGAGGAAAAGAGCCAGCUCUCUGCUAGAUCAGUCGAGCUCGAGUGCGCCGUUCAAGAUAUUGCGCAGAAACAGUCUGAGCGCAGUGAGCAGGAGGCAGCACUAGAAGACGAGAUCAAGGUCCUUCAGAGUCAGUUGGCCCUCAAGGACAGGAAGACGCAGGAUCUCGAGGGCAAGCUGCUGCAAAUCGACCAAGACUCCGAGCUCUCUCAGCUCUCCAAGACGUCGACCGACUACGAAGAUCUCAAGAAGGCCUUGACGGACGAGAAAGAAAAGAUUACCACCAAGUUCCGAGAUGUUCAGGCCGAGCUUACUGCGAUGAAGUCUAAACAGUCGCAGCUUGAGCGCGAGGCUGACGAGGCCAGGACUCUGCUCGAGGCCCGGCUGUCUGACGAUGCGCAAGCCGAUGAGAACCGCGCUCUUCUGGAAUCCCAGAUCAAGGACCUCAAAGAAGAGCUUUUCGAGACGUCAAAGGACUUGAGCAGGGAACGCCAAUCCCGCGAUGACGUGCUUUUGCUCGGCGAGCACAAGUACCAGUCGCUUCAGGAGGAAUUCGAGACCCUGAAUGAGUCCAAAAUCAUCAUCGAGAAGGAGCUGGAGCGAGACGAAGCCCGAGAUGAGAUCCGCCGACUCCGCGCUGCAAAGACGCAGGCGGAGGAGGCACGGCUCCAGGCCGAGGUUAUCGGCGAGCGGCAAGCAUCCCAGGCAGCACGAGAGAGAGAGGAGAGCCUUCGCAGAGACCUCGACGCAGCUCACGAGCGACUACAAUGGUUUGAGGAGGAAUGCGGCAAGCUCAAUCGCCAGAUCGAGCACCUGAACAAGCUGAUUCUCUCAUCGGGAGAAUUCGGUCUCAAAACGGACCAAGCCAAGGAACGGAUGGAGCGAGAACUCGGCACGGUCAAGAGUCGGCUUGCAGCAUCGGAGAACGACAACCGCGCACUGCUCAACAAGCUCCAGCAAAAGGGACUCGAGAUUGCGCGGUCGACGUCGCGGGCGACUGAGGCGUCCCGAGGCCAAGUCCACUCCCUCCACAAGGAGAAGGCGAGGCUAGAGGAGCAGAACGCCAAGCUGAACAAGCAGCUUGGCGAUGCCCAAGUCACAAUUGCGUCCCUGGAAAAGCGGACGGAAAAGCUACAGCUCAGUCUAGAGGAUCUCAACCACGAGGUGGCCAGGGAGGUUCAGAGCAGCAGGAACGCAGAGAAGGCCUCGUCGAGCUACACCGCUCAGCUGGCUGAGGCCAACCGGACGAUUGAAUCAGAGCGCCAGCUGCGUACGCAGGCUCAAUCUACGGUUCGCACUCUGCAGGCCUCCCUGGACUCGCGAGACAAGGAGCUCGAGGAGCUGCGCGGGCAGAUUCUCAGUGCGCUGAAGACUGCCGAUCCCGACGUCGACAUUCCUCUGCCUCCAGAAGCAAGCAACCAGAAGACGCUGCUGGAGAAGUUCGAUCUUGUCCGAAAGGUCGAGGCGCUUCAGCAGAAUCUCCGCGCUCAGACGGCGGCAAGGACCAACGCUGAGAACCAGCUGACGGAGCUGCGAGCUUCUCGCAAUGAGACACCGAACCGGCCCAAGCUGGAGGAGAUUCACCAUAACGAGGCACCCUACAGCGGGUCCCCGACUCAGCGACGCACGGCUAAGAUGAACAGUCGCCGGUUCUCCAACACGUCGACUCCGACUCGGCGCCUUCAUGACCCGGAGCUCCAGGAUUCUGCGCGCUCGGACAAGACCGUGGACACGAUGCAGAACCGGCACCUGCAGAGCCAGCUGGAACGGGGCUCACCUGCUCCGGACAGCUACGAUGAGCAGAGUCCCUCUCUGCGCCGGAUGCAGAAGUUGGAAAAGGUCAACAGCCGUCUGCACGACAUGCUGGACGACUCGGCGAAGAAGGUUUCCACGCUCGAGAAGAACAUUCGCACCGGUGAGCUUUCCCUGCGGGACAUUCAAGCGAGAUCGCACGAAGAGAUCCUGGAUGUCCUCAAUAGCCAGGAAGAGUCGCGCCGGUCCCUACUGCACAGCCAUAAGGAUGCCGUGGCGGAGCUAACCGACGUCAAAUCCCACUUUGACAAGAUGCGGCACGAGCGGGCGAAGCUCGAGGUCGAGCUGCGAGACACCAAGUCGGACCUUCAAGAGAUGUCGUUGGCGCGUGAACAAGAGUCUCAAAGCCGGAGCCAGCUACUGCAGGAGUACACGGAUCUGCAAAUCCGACUGGAUGCGGAAACAUCCAAGUUGGCCGACGUCAACUCAAGCCUCGACAUGUACAAGAGCAGGGCGGAUGAGUAUUUUGGCAAGCUCGAGCAGGCCGAGAUCGCUGUCCUCAAGGCCAGCCGUGCCGAGCAGUUUGCCAAGUCGCAGGCCCGGGAGGCGGAAGACACGUAUGCCGAGGUCAUGGCCGAACGACAGAAGAUGGACGCCGCGAUCGAGGACCUGCAGCGACAGAACCAACGGCUCGACGAGAGGGUCGAGGACCUGUCCACCGAUCUCGAGUCCGUCACGCAAUCCAAGAAGAGACUGCAACACGAGCUGGAGGAUUACCGCAACCAAAGGGCCAUGGAUAUUGAGGACAAGGAGUCGAGCAUGGAGCAAACUCGCAAGAAGUACCAAGCUGAGUUUGCCACUCUCACCAAGGAGCUCGACCUGGCUCGCGAGGAGAAGCUGUACAAGCAGGCCGAGAUCGCCCGGCUGCGCGAGGAGCUCGACGAACUUCGAUCCAAGUGGGACGACGAGGUUCUCAACAGCUCGACAUGGUCCAAGGAAAAGGCCCGCCUAGAGUCGACACUGGCCGACGUGGCAUCCUCACGUGACGAAGCCGUGAAUGCACACAACGAGGCCCAGGGCAAGGUGGUGUCAUUGCUGUCUCAAAAGCGCAGCAUGGAGACACGCCUCGAGGAAGCAAAGGCCGGUCUGGAGGACCUCGCCAGGGGGGGGAGCCCGUCGCUCCGAGACGCAGCCAUGGUGGACAAGGAGGUGCUCGAGCUCAAGUCCAGCCUUGCCCACCAGGAAGACGUGGCGGCGGCCGCCGUGGAGAGGAUGCGACGCGCCGAGGCGCUUGCCUCUGAGAUUCAGAAGGACAUUGCUGCCGAGCGCGAAACAGGCACGGAUCUCCAGAGGCAGAAGGCCUCUCUGGAGAAGAGCCUGAACGAGGCGCAACUCAAGCUCGUGGACCUGGAGACCAAGGGCUACUCGAGCGCAAGUCAGGACAUCAAAUUUCUGCACAAACGCAUCCAAGAACUCGAAUCGCAGCUUGAGAGCCAAGAGACGGAGCGGAACAAGUCACAGCGCUCGCACCGCAACGUGGAUCGCGUGGUGAAGGACCUCCAGAGCCAGGUUGAACGCAAGGAAAAGCAAAACAUGCAACUGUCGGAAGACGUCGGCCGGAUGCGCGACAAGGUGGACAAGCUCCUCAAGACGAUUGACGACCUGCAGGCCUCGGAGUCGACGAAUCAGCUGUCGGCCCGGCGCGCCGAGCGUGAGCUUCGCGAAGAGAAGGAGAAGAGGCUGCGGCUCGAGCGAGAGCUGCACGGAUGGAAGGGCCUCAAGGGAUCGGGCAGCGCGGCGGGUAGUCUACGCAGCCGCAUGGGACCGUGGAAGGGCGGCGAGAUGGACGACGGCUCUGUGACUGACGCGGCCCCGAGGAAGAGCAGUGUCGCCAGGACGCCCAGCCUUACCAAGGGCUUUCUAUGA